AAAAAAAAAAAAAAAAAAGGGGAAGAGUUGUUUCCAGUCGUGUUUGCCAGUUUGUGCGAACUAGCAUGUAGUGAGUCUGUGGCUUUUAUUUAUUUUCGCAUUUGCAAUAUGAAGAAUGGAAGAAGACGACGUUACUAUCAGAGAGCAGAACUUCCACAGCCAAGUCCGAGAGUACAUCAUUUGCUUUCUCCUGUUUGCAGUCCUCUACAUUGUGUCCUACUGCAUCAUAACCAGAUACAAGAGGAAGAGCGAUGACCAUGAGGAUGAAGAUGCUGUUGUCAAUAGAAUAUCAUUAUACUUGUGCACCUUCACCCUGGCAGUGUCGGGUGGUGCCGUCUUCCUGCUGCCUUUCUCAAUCAUUAGUAACGAGAUCCUCCUCUCCUUCCCCAAAAACUAUUACAUUCAGUGGCUCAAUGGCUCCCUCAUUCACGGUCUGUGGAACCUGGUGUCACUGUUCUCCAACCUUUGCCUCUUUGUCCUGAUGCCCUUUGCCUAUUUCUUCCUGGAGUCUGAAGGAUUCGCUGGAUCGAAAAAGGGCAUUAGGGCACGUAUUCUUGAGACCUUUGUGAUGCUCUUCCUGCUGGCUUUGCUCAUUCUGGGCAUCGUGUGGGUGGCAUCAGCGCUCAUUGAUAAUGAUGCAGCCAGUAUGGAGUCACUCUACGAUCUUUGGGAAUUUUACCUACCAUACCUUUACUCCUGCAUAUCUCUGAUGGGAGGACUGCUUUUAUUAAUGUGCACUCCCGUGGGAUUGUCCAGGAUGUUCACCGUCAUGGGCCAGUUACUAGUAAAGCCAACAAUCCUGGAGGACCUGGAUGAGCAGAUUUACUGCAUCCAUUUGCAGGAGGAAGCCCUUCAGAGGAGAUUAAACGGAUCGUGCACACACGCUUAUACUCGAGGAAGCUUUACUCACCAGCUCAACAAAGAACUGGACAAUAUUAGAAAUCAGAGGAAUAAAUUGGAGAGAAGAAAGAAAGCAUCAGGUUGGGAGAAGAACUUGUUGUAUCCCAUAGUGAUGCUGAUCCUCCUCACAGGAACGACAAUCUCAGUUCUUAUGGUGGCAUUGAAUAUCCUUUACCUUCUAGUGGAUGAGACUGCCAUGCCCAAGGGAUCCACAGACCGAGGCAUCGGGAACACCUCUUUGUCCACGUUUGGCGUGGCUCAGGCAGCACUGGAGAUCAUCCUCAUGUUCUACUUGAUGGUGUCCUCUGUCGUUGGCUUCUACAGCCUGAGAGUCUUUGAGGUACUCACUCCCAGGAAGGAUGACACAACCAUGACAACGAUCAUUGGCUGCUGUGUGUCCAUCUUGGUCCUGAGUUCAGCGCUGCCGGUGAUGUCCAGAACUCUAGGCAUCACCAGGUUUGAUCUCUUGGGAGACUUCGGGAGGUUUAAUUGGCUGGGAAACUUUUACAUUGUCCUUUCAUACAACAUGCUGUUUGCGGUUGUGACAACACUCUGUCUUGUGAGAAAAUUCACCUCAGCAGUACGGGAAGAGCUUCUAAAGGCCUUAGGUCUGGAUAAAUUGCAACUGUCAAACAGCCCCACAGACCCUGAAUCUGGGAAGCUCUCGGCCAACGGGCAUCAGAAAACUCUGUGAAAGGGACGAUAGAUCAACAUACACACAGACACACACACAC